AUGGUUUGCCUACGGGUGUCGGCAAACCGGCAGAAAGAGACUUUUUCUCCUUUGCUACCCCACAGAGACAUCCGCUGGGUAGCGUCUCCUAGUAUAGCCAUCACAGACAUACGUUUCGUGCGAUCCGUACGAUAUUCCUCCUCAAAAUUGGAUGCAGGACCCGCCGAUGAAAGUAUUUUAGUGUUGAGCGUGUCAAAAGGUAUCUGGUCAGUUAUAACAAUAUGGGACGUGCCAAUAUUUCUGCAUGGGAACGAUAAUAAUGAACCUCGACCGCGGAAAUGCGCAGAGUGGUCACUCAAAGGCGGCCUCUUCACCGGACUAUGUUUAAGCCGCGAUCAUGGUUCUGAAGCAGACCUUGCCGUGUCUGUGGUAUGCGAGGGACGUCAUGAAAUUGACCUAUUCAACAUCUCAGAUGUCGGGGAAUUGCUGCCAAUCUGUACUGUGCCUUCUGUUCCUAUGCGUGCCUCCACGCUGGGAGAGGAAGCAAAUAUACAUUCACAAGCCAUGCAACCGAUGAAGCCCAUGACGCUAUCCGGGAGCCUUCUUGCCAUGUCCGAUGAUACUGCCUCGACAGUUAUAUAUAACUGGAAGACCGGUGCCUUCGCAGUCUUGGAGCACGAAGAAGACGAAAUAGGAGUAUGGAAGCACGACCAUAUCAUUCAAGUCGUUUUUGCGUACAGGAGUGUACUAGUUGUUCGAGCACGAUCUCUACACCUAUUUCCAGAACCAGAACUAUAUUUAGCGUCACCCUCGUCUGUCGCCAACUCAAACUUCUUAACAUCCCCUGGGCUGCCUAAUAUAUACUCUCCGAUAGCCAAUCACUCUUUUGGCUGGGUAGAUGGCGUCUCGGUUGUUUCCAUGUAUCCUGAUUGUUCCGUAUGUUCCCAUCCAGGAACGUUGAAAAUUUUGGUUCGUCUGCAGAGCGACAAUCCAUGGAUGUCAAACGAACAUAGUUUGGAUCUAUAUGAGUUAUCGCUCAAUCCAAAUUUUGUUAGUACUCCCGCACCUGAACAUGAACACGAACAAAUGUACGCUACUGAAUGCCCCUAUCAGUUUCCUCCCAUAUGUACCUCCCGAGUCACUUCUUCCCGUGGUCCCCUGCGAUGUACAGACCUGAUCUUAGGGCGAUGUGGUACUGCGAUGUGGGUCAAACCAGGGGACCGUGCAACGCAUGGUCUGCUCGCAUCGGAUAUGUAUGAUGAUUACACCUAUGUCGCUCGGUUGGGUGGACUUGAAUCUGGAAUUGUCACCAUGGGAGGCGGCGCAACGGAGAGUCUAGUCGCAGGAAUCUUUCCGGGCCCUCUAAACCCCGACGAAACUGUUAGGACUCGCAAAAUUUAUACCAACGUUUCGAAAGAUUGGACUGCACUGGAUUAUGAUGAAGCCAUUGGAAGAGUGGUGCUUGGAGAUGCAACAGGCUGUGUACGUAUUUUAGAACUGUAA